ACCUUUACAGGGACCAGGUGGUUUUACAGAAACAACAUGAAGUGUGUCGGCUGUCUGCAGUCGGACCUUCAGCUCCAGGCCUCAAACUCUGUUUACAUCAAACAGAAAUGAAACAAUCAGCUUCUGCUUCUCUUCUCACCGUACAGGUGAGAGCUUCUAUGAUUGUCCUGUAGGUGGCGGUAAAUACACUUGAAGUUGGUUUGCCAGCCGCCAGUAACACCCAGAAGAAGAUCAACACCGGUUCUGUAUUUCAUUUGAAACUGAUCUGCUUUGCUCGUUCAGAGUUUUGGGAUGAACUGAAGAUAAUCUGCAGCCGUUUCUCCAUCCCUCCUGGUUCUGGUUCUUCGUCUCUCCUGGCGGUUCUGUUCGGCCCGUUUGUUCUCAUCAUGUUUUAAAGAUGACGAAGACAGGAAAACCGGACUCUUACCGGGCUGGUGUUAUGCAGCUGUAUGCUCAGGGUAAGUUCAGGUUUCCCACCAGGAAGAGACCUGGAUCCAGAAGAUGGAAGUCUGUCAUCGAGCGGAUAGACGCAUGUCCACUGACUCCUGCCUUCAACCAAAAAGUCAGGACAAUCGACAUAUUUGGGAAAAAAAUCCCCUGCAAAUGUGGUUAUCAUACGUCAGCUGAUCAGGCAAAUACAACAGGGAUUGAAGCAGAAAGCACGCCAGGUGCAGGGAGCAGCACAGGUGUACCUAGGGCUACAGAAGAUCCAACCCCACAAAGCAGUUCAGCUUUAAAAACAGUUAAUCCUGAAAUGCACAGGAGCUCAAGCAUAGUCGAAGCUGCAGGAGAUCCAGCCACACAAAACAUUUCAAGUGUCGGCACAGUUCCAGCUGACCAGAGAGCGGAGAGGAGCUCAAGUUCAGGGAGCUGCCAACUUCCCACUAUGUCAGUCAGUGAAAGUCCAAUUCAGAUAAAGUGUGCAUUAUGUAAUGAAGGCAUAAACGUGGAACUAUUUUCUGAACAUUUAUCUGACUUUCAUGCAGAGCAAUGUUGUGAACAUUGUGGGAAAAAGGUCACGGGUGCUGUUGGUUUGCUUCAUCAUAUUGAAGAAGGUCAUGAUCGACCAGGACAAACAGGCCAAACAUCACCAUCUAUUCCAGACCAACAUCCAGCAUUUAAAUUACAACAUGGGAUAACAGCAACUUCACCCCGGAAACCAGUAAUACUUCCUGGGAAACCAGCAGCAUCUCCCCAGAAACCAGCACUUCAGCCACAACAGCGCCUUGCACCAGUGCAACACCCCCAAGCAACUCCUUCAGUUGCUCCUUCAGUUGCUCCUUCAGUUGCUCCUUCAGUUGCUCCUUCAUCUAUUCCCCACCUUAGGCCUCCGGAGGUGAAUUGGGUCAGCUUUCUUCCCAAGCAGUUGUUGCAGGUCAUCAAGCCAGCAGACCAGGAAUGGAUUGCCCAGUGCCUCUACAACCCUACUGGACAGUUUAAACAACAAUUCUCACAUAACUGGUUCCAUCCACCCCGUCUACCAAAGAUGAUGAAUGAACCUCCAGAUCCCCUGGUCUACUUUAGGCAGAGGAUGUUUUUAUGGGCACCAAUGCGGAUGUGGGGUAUUUCUCUGAAGUGUCAUCAAUGCAACACCAAGAUGCAUCACUCUGGGAUCUACACAAAGGUCAGAGAAGUUAUAGAUCUCGAUUCAAGAUAUUAUUUGAUUGGUUAUUUAUCCACGAUGCAGUAAAUGCAUGAUACCUGUUUGUCCAUGGAGCACAGAGGUGCUAAAUCAGUUAGAUCCUGCCCAUAGAAACAAGUUUCCAGCCAUUCUCACCACACAACUGGCUCUGGACAAAAGAUGUGUGACUUUGCUCAAACCACGCACUUUUGGAAAUAGCUCCAGUUAUGUACAACAAGCAUUAGAAGAACUGCAUAGUGAGGAGUGGGCAAAGCGCACUAUGGAUUAUCUGACUGACUGUGAGCUUCACAAGAAGAAGAGCGCCCUAACAAGUAUCCAUGAAGUGAUCUACCAGAAUCCACCAGAGUUUAGCCCCCUUCCACUUCACAGUGGUUUGAGACGGUGCAUGCCAAUGAAAUACUGUCUCACUUGUCUGAGAUGAAGGGUGUCAUCACCUCAACAUAUGGAAGGAUUUUAAAGCUUGAUUCAACCAAAAAGUUCACCAAGAAACUUGCUGGUGGAAUUUCUGAGACUGCAACCUGGAUGACAAACAUCACCAAUGAAUAUGGCCAGGUUCUGAACUGUGUGCUGACCACAGGGGAAGGAGCAGGUUGGAGGAACUGUGCCAAGGAAUUGUUAUGCGCUUCCAGAAUGCUGGGGAACCAGAGCCACAAGUCCUUUAUGUUGAUAGAGACUGAUGUAGUGAAUCAGGUGUGCCUCCGGUGCUUGAGUGGUUUCGACUUUGGAAAACUAAAGUGAGGCUUGACAUCUUUCAUUACAUGAGGCGAUUCACAACCGGUCUCACCACAGAACUUCAUCCUCUUUAUGGAACUUUCUGCUCCAAGUUGUCCUGCUGCAUUUUUGAAUGGGAUCGAGAUGAUGUCAGCUGCCUUAAAGAAGCAAAGAGGUCAGAGCUGAAGAAAAAAUAUGCUGGUCAUCCUCCCACAUUAAUUCCAGUGAGCUUGCUAAACAUUGCAGAGGAAGGACAAGAGGGGUAGAAGAAACCCGGAACCUCAUUCAGGAAUUAUUAAACUCCAUGUGGGAACUGACUGACACCUCAGGUCUCCGCCUGAUCAACCCUGAGAGCAUGACUCGUGUGGCAAAUGCAGCAGAAGCACCUGCCAUGCAUGCAAGAUCCACCUGGUGUUGAACUGUACACCAAGCUUCACUCGGCACAAAAGGGAGACAAAGAAGUUCAAACCUUCAGAUGCGGCAGGGGCUCGUCUUCAGUUGAAAGCUUUCAUCGACACCAGUGUUCCUUCAUACCAGGAUGGAGAAGCAAUGCCAUGCACACUCAAAUGUAUAUGGAACAUGAAAAGAGCCCAAGAAGCUUUAGAUACGAGUCACAGAUCCCACAGUAAACUCUGUGAUGUUCGUCUGAUGUCCAACCUCAACACUCUGAGCAACAAAGUGCUGGGUCAUGACCUCCUGCCAGAGUUUGUUCCCCCAGGCUGUCCCACAGAUGAGCGGAUUGCUGUGGAGUAUCUUCUCGCUCAGUCAGACAGCGGAGACCUCUUAGGUCCACAGCAGGACAACAAACUGGGAGUUAUUUUGCCAGAGGUGCCAGCUAACGUUCAGGAGGAGGACAGUCCUGAUGUCACCAUCAGUGACGUCACUGACAUGCUCUCAGAGAGCCUCCACGACAUGCUACAGUGUGAAUGCCAGUUGGAAAUGCCAUCCUCUAACAUUGAUUUUCUCCAGGUAGAGUCUUCUCCCAUGUCAUCUGAGGAAACCAGUAUCGACUCAAGUCCUGCCUCUCCCACUCAUGCUGCUGCGUCACCCAGAGGUCAGCUUACUGGUGACCUCUCCUUUAGUGGACCAAGUAGCUCUUCCCAGGUGGACCAAAUAUCCCAGGAGACCCGGUGUGACUACAGAGGUUUUCCUGGGUGGGAGGCAGUUGACAGCUUGGCAGAGAACCUUUUGAGCCUCAACAGAACAAUAACUGCGUUGUCAACAACAGAGGUGGAAAAUGUGUUGCAGCUGUAUUCUAACCUGCAUGCUAUGGACAAGCAGCCUGUUAAAUACACCUUAAAAAACAAGAAGAGCACAUUACCAGGACCUUGGAGGGCUUCCCGGAAACGAAGUGGCUCUGCACCUGGUCAGCAAGCAGCUGAAAGACUCUUCAUGACCCAUGGCCAGGCUGCCCAGAGACCCAGAGCCUCUGAGUGCAUUUGCUUCAAGCUGUUCAAAGAAUAUCAGCAAGCAAGAAACCGGCCAAAAGACAGCAAGGGGAAGGUUUUACCCGUCCCGCAGUCUAUUAUCCAAACGUACUGUCACAUUAAACAAUUACUUGAGGACUCCAGGCCCAUACAGGACCAGACCAACUUGUUGUUGGUCACCAUCAACAAUACCACUGUGUGUGCUUGGCUACACGAGCGGCAGAAGAGAACCGACAGGGACGCUCUUCUCCAAGGUGUGAAUCUUCCUCCGAAGGUGUCCGUGGCUGACGCCUCCUUCCCAGAAGCGAGACAGUUCCCCUCCCUUCCUGUGGAACAUGGACAUACAAGCAUGGAGUUUAAAGAACCUGAAAACAGAGAAGGCGAGGCCCUGAUCCGUCAACGGGUUGGCGGUAAAGCUGGCUCCGCACAGCAAUGUCCUCCCUCAUACCAGCCAGGUCUCUUUUCACAGGCCGCAGUUCCUCCCAGCUUCCUGUAUCCACAGACUGACCAGCCACCAUCAUCUGCUUGGUCCUACUGUGAGCAGAACCAGAUGCCACAAGCCCCAUCCGCUUCUUUGGGUUUCGGCUUCGGUCCACCAGCUUCAGUUUUGACCUCAUUUGGACAAGGACAGUUCCCACCCCUUCCAUCUUCUCUGGCUCCAAUGUAUCGGUACUAUACACCACCACUUCACUCAUCCAUCCCAGCAGCUGCUGCUGGUUCAGCAUCAUCAUCACCAUCAGAUCAGACUCCAGCCAACAUGAAUCGCUACAGGAAGUGGAGACAGAAUAGGGCAGAAUUAGAAGACCAGGAACGCCUGGCAAGAGGGGAGCCUCCCAGAAAGCGCCAAUGGAAGCAGGACUACCACUAUCAGUGUUCAGUUUGUGGUCAGGCGAAAAACAAAAGCACUGGCCACACACAGAUUAAGGGAAAACGGUAAUGUCCAGCCUCUGGACAGACUGUUUUGGAAUGGAAAGAGUGUCUUGGGAAGCAGCGAUUGAAAGAUUUUCUUUUUAGUUUUCAUCUUUAAAUAUAAUCUCACCAUUUGUGUUUUAAAGCCCAGAAUUGUUUAUAAAGUCCAAAAGGACGACUGCCAUGUUAUGAGGGCUUAUCAAUAAGUGGAUUGGUCUUUAUUCCUCUUUGUCCACUUUCAGUGAAAUAACUAAUUAUGUUGCUGAAAUUUGUCGUCAAACUAAAUCUGUGUUAUUCUGUGUUUAGUUACAGAAAAAUGACAUCAAGCUUUGUUGAUAUAUACACUAAAAUACAUUUAGGUCUUUCUACCUAUUUUUAUAAUAUUUUUUUCUGUAAAAAAUUGUGUUUUUUUGUGAGUUUCCAGUUUUCAGGGGAUUGAAAUUUAAGCAUUUGGUUUUAUUUGUGCUAAAUGUGGAGCUAUUUUUAUCAGUGCAUGUGAUGUUGCAUGCAAUGCAAGAAUACUGACUGGCUUGGCUCACUGAUAGUUUUAUGUUCUAUAUUUAAAAUAUCUUUUGUUCUCUAUUGUUCUCUCUGUUACUAUUUGUAUGUUUUUAGUGAGCUUCUAGGCGCUGCUUUAUACAUGUCGACAUACAUUGUUAGUUCUCUGUGAUUGUAGUUGUGUAAGAGUGAAUAAAUGUCACCGAUCAUUUA